CAAAAGCAACAAAAAGAAAGAUUUCGCAGAGAUCAAAUCGAUUCCAUCACGUCUGUAACCGCAAUGCGCAAUUGGGAGAACCCGGUUAUGCUUGCGUGUAACACGGCUUCAAAGAAAAAUCUACCUUCUUGCAUUGUCUUCAUCAUCAUCUUCAUUACCUUGUUAUGUCCGGCCGUAAUGUCUCAAGUAGUUGUGCCAGGUUCAGACGCAGAUUGUCUCUUGAGAUUCAAAUAUACAUUAGCAAAUGGUUCGGUGUUUUUUAGUUGGGAUCCAUCAACAUCACCAUGUCAAGGAAAUGACGCAAAUUGGUUCGGUGUUCUUUGUAGCAAUUACGUUUGGGGGUUACAACUCGAGGGACUUGAAUUAACCGGGAAACUAGAUCUCGACCCAUUGGUUCCUAUGAAGAAUCUACGAACCAUAAGCUUCAUGAACAAUGAAUUCGAUGGACCAAUGCCUCAAGUUAAGAGGCUCACUGCGUUGAGAUCUUUGUAUUUGUCUAAUAACCGGUUUUCGGGGGAGAUACCCGCGCUUGCGUUUCAAGAUAUGCCUCAUUUGAAGAAGAUUUUGCUGGCUAAUAAUGCCUUCCGAGGAACAAUUCCUUCUUCUUUAGCUUCUUUGCCAAGGCUUGUAGAGGUGAGGCUAAAUGGUAAUCAGUUUCAAGGGCAGAUACCACAUUUCAAACAAAAGGAUCUUAAGUUAGCUAGCUUUGAGAACAAUGACCUCGCUGGACCGAUACCUGAAAGCCUCCAAAACAUGGACCCAGGCUCUUUUGCAGGUAACAAAGAUUUGUGUGGUCCUCCCUUAAGUCCAUGUUCUAUUUCCCCUCCAGUAAUUCCUGUUGAUCCAAGAACUCAUCCUAGUCCUCCUCUUAGUUCUCCACAGGGGAACAAGACCGGUUCAUUUAACACUAUAGCGAUCAUUAUGAUUGUUCUUGGCUUACUACUAGUGAUCAUCGCACUUGUAUUCUGUUUCAUUCAGUCAAGAAGAAGAAGAAAUUUCUUGUCAGCUUAUUCUUCCUCUGGUAAGGAAAGUGUAGAGAGCUACACUUAUCAUGAACCAGUGGUUAGGACCAAUAAACCCGCAGAAUCUCUUGUGAAUCACGCAAGGAGAAGAUCAACGCCUGAUCCAGGAGGCAGGCUUCUAUUUGUGCGGGACAAUGUUCAAAGAUUUGGUCUUCAAGAUCUUCUUAAAGCUUCAGCUGAAGUUCUUGGUAGUGGAACGUUUGGUGCUUCAUACAAAGCAGCAAUAUCUAGCGGACAAACAUUGGUCGUGAAGAGGUAUAAACAUAUGAACAAUGUCGGAAGAAAUGAGUUUCAUGAGCAUAUGAGAAGGCUAGGGAGGUUAAACCAUCCGAAUCUAUUGCCUCUCGUCGCUUACUAUUACCGGAAAGAAGAGAAGCUUUUAGUCACUCAGUUUAUGUCUAAUAAUAGCUUGGCAAGCCAUCUUCAUACUAAUCAUUCAGCGGAUCAACCUGGUUUGGAUUGGAUCACACGUCUAAAGAUCAUAAAAGGAGUAGCAAAGGGUUUAUAUUACUUGUUCAACGAGUUACCAACAUUAACUAUCCCUCACGGUCAUAUAAAGUCUUCAAACGUGGUUUUAGAUGAAUCACUCGAGCCGUUGCUAACAGAUUACGCUCUAAGACCAGUGAUGGGCUCAGAGCACGCGCACAACUUCAUGACUGCAUACAAAACACCAGAGUAUGGGCCGGCAAAAGGACAAGUCUUGACAAAGAAGACAGAUGUUUGGUGUCUCGGUGUGUUGAUAUUAGAGGUUUUGACAGGGAGAUUCCCUGAGAAUUACUUGUCGCAAGGUUAUGAUCCAAACAUGAGUCUUGUGACUUGGGUUAGUGACAUGGUUAAGGAGAAGAAAACAGGUGACGUGUUUGACAAGGAAAUGGAAGGGAAGAAGAAUUGUAAAGGGGAAAUGAUUAAUUUGUUGAAAAUAGGGUUGAGAUGUUGUGAAGAGAAAGAAGAGAGGAGGAUGGAGAUGAGAGAAGCUGUGGAGAUGAUUGAGAUGUUGAGAGAAGGAGAAUCAGAUGAUGAGUUUGGUUCCAUUGAUCAACGAGUGAGUAAUGAUUUAUAUUCUUCAAUGUUGUGGGACGAUGAUGACUCGUUGAAUCGAUGAGUUAUUCGGAUUUUCAGUCAUUUCUUUCUAGGAAUCAUUUGAACAUGUAUAAAAGUGCCGUGGUGGCUUUACCGGAGAGAAGAAAGAAGAGCAUGUGAUGGAUUGUUCUUCUUCCUAUUGUUAGUGCAGAUCAUUAAGAAAAAUGUAUGAGCAGUUUAUGGACCAACAAAUAUGUAUAUAGUUUGUAUCUGUAUAUCUCCAUCGUUGUCAGCUUUAGUUCUUCACCAUAACCUGGACUUUUAUAGCAUUAUCAUCUGCUUUAGUGCUUGUUCUUUUGUCCUAGCAAUUAGCAUUUGUGGAGUGAUCUUUCUUUCUCUCAAAAGGUAGAUUUUUACAACUGUCUUUGAG